UGCGUGGGUUCGAUCUUUUGUAAAUUGUUUUCUUCUAUCUUCCCUUCAUGCGUUCUUUUGGCCGCCUAUCCGUCCGUUUGUUCAUUCAUUGUUUUUCGGCUGUUCUUCUGUCCAUCCGUGCGUUCUUUCCUCGUUCGUUUGUUCGUUUGCAGGUUUUCAUCAAAAUGUGUCUUUCCACUGCCAUAUGAAAGAAUGUAAAUAAUCAAGAAAGCAAGCAAGGACGUGAGGAAGUAAACAAGCAACGAAGUAAGUAAUUGAGUUAUCAAGCAAGUAAAGAAUGGAGGAAGUAAAUCGAAGAAGUGAAGGUGGGAGUAAUAUAAGUAAGCAAGGAAGGAAAAAAGGAAGGAAGGAGGGAAGGAAAGAAGGAAGGAAGGAAGCAAGGAAACGAGAAAGCGAGGAGGGAAUAAAGCGAGGAAGCAAGCAAGGAAGCAUCUGAGGAAGAAAGGAAGGAAGAAACCGAGGGAGCAAGGAAGGAACGAUGCGAGUAAAGAAUUAAGCAGGGAAGCUAGCAAGUAAGGAAGCAAGGAAGCCAGGAAGCAAAGAAGGAAGGAAAUGAGGAAGCAAGGAAGGAAGGAAGCAAGCAAAGACGCAAGGAAAGGAAGGAAAAAAGCAAGGAAGUAAGGAAGGAAGGAAGGAAGAAGGCGAGAAUGCAAGGAAGCAAGGAGGGAAGAAAACAAGGAAGAAAUGAAGCGAGAAAAGAAGGACACGAGGAAAGAAUGAAGGAAACGAGGAAACAAGGAAGGAGGAAAGGAGGAAGUGAGGAAGGAAGGAAGCAAGGAAGGAAGGAGGGAAGUGAGGAAGGAAGCGAUGAAGCAAGGAAAGAAAGAAGCGAGGUAGCAAGGAAGGAGGAAAGAUGGAAGCGAGGAAGCAAGAAAGGAAUGGAGCGAGAAAGGAAGGACGUGAGGAAAAAAACGGAAGAAGCGAGGAAGCAAGGAAUGAGGAAAAAAGGAAGCGAAGAAGGAUGGAAGCAAGGAAGGAGGGUAGUGAGGAAGGAAGGAAGCGAUGAAGCAAGGAAAGAAGGAAGCGAGGAAGCAAGGAAGGAGGAAAGAUGGAAGCGAGGAAGCAAGAAAGGAAUGGAGCGAGAAAGGAAGGACGUGAGGAAAAAAACGAAAGAAGCGAGGAAGCUAGGAAUGAGGAAAAAAGGAAGCGAAGAAGGAUGGAAGCAAGGAAGGAGGGAAAUGAGGAAGGAAGGAAGCGAGGAAGCAAGGAAAGAGGGAAGCGAUGAAGCAAGGAAGAAAGCGAGGAAGCAAGGAAGGAAGCGAGGAAGCAUGGAAGGAGGGAAUGAAGCAAGGAAGGAAGGAAGAAAGGAAGGAAGUGAGGAAGAAAUUUGUGAAGGAAGCGAGGAAGCAAAGAAGGGGGAAAGAAGGGAGCGAGGAAGAAAAAAAGCAAGGAAGGAAAGAGGGAAACGAGGAAAGAAGGAAGCGAAGAAGCAAGGAAGGAAGGAACUGAGGAAGCAAGGAAGGAUGCAAGGAAGGGAACGGGGAAGAAAGGAAGCCAAGAAGCAAAGAAGGAAGGAAACGAUGAAUCAAGGAAAGAAGGAAGCAAGCAAAGACGCAAGAAAGGAAGGAAGGAAAAAAGCAAGGAAGGAAGUAAGGAAGGAAAGAAGGAAGAAGGCGAGAAAGCAAGGAGGGAAGGAAGCAAGGAAGGAAUGAAGCGACAAAGGAAGGACGCGAGGAAGAAACGAAGGAAUCGAGGAUGCAAGGAAGG